AUGGCUAUAGACAUGCCCACCCCGCCGUUGAGAGUGGCCAUCAUAGGCGGGGGACCAGGGGGUCUCGCAACAGCCAUAGCCCUGAGCAAAACUCCCAACGUCGAAGUCAGGCUAUACGAGCAAGCCCGCGUCCUCCGCGAGGUCGGUGCUGGAAUCAGUAUUGGGGCAAACACUUGGAAUGUCUUGGAGCUACUUGGUGUGGCCGACUCGCUAACCAGCGGACAUCCCACAUGGACUAUGCUGAACAUGAAUGGUCGUUCGGGCGAAGAGCUCCAUCGCCGGGAGAAAGCCCGGGAAGGCGUCAAGCACCCGCCCAUCCGGACUCAGCGGACGAAAUUGCAGGCGGCUCUCCUCGCACACAUCAAGCCGCGCACGAUAGAGCUGUGUAAGAAGUUGGCUCGCAUGGUGGAUUUGGGGGAGGCUGGAGUGGAGCUGCAUUUCGAGGACGGAACGAUGGCGAUAGCUGACCUUGUUGUUGGGGCUGACGGGAUUCGAUCUGUAGUGCGCGACACAGCAUGGACAGAUUACGAGAUCAAGUUCACCGGAACGACGAUCUGGCGGACACUCCUGCCCUGGGACGACGUCAAGGACCUGCAUCCCGAGUUCGGGACCACCGGUUGGUGGCAUACUCCCACCACGCACGUGUACUUCUCGCAUGUGGGAGAAGGCUUGUGGGAAAUCGCAGCGAGAGCAUGGCACGAUCCCGCCGUGCACAGCGCCAGCAAAGUCAGCUGGGGCGUCCCGGUCGACAACGCACACGUGGAAUCGCACUUCACGGAAUACCUCCCCCAGAUCCGCACCGCCCUGUCCCGCGCGCGUCCCAACACCUGGCGCGAAUUCGCCGCCUUCGCCGGCCCCGAGCUAUCGCACCUAAUGGCCUGGGACCACAAGAUCGCGCUCGUGGGCGACGCCUCGCAUGCGCUGUCGGGCGCCUUCGGGUCCGGGGCCGGGUUCGCGAUGGAGGACGGGUGGGUGCUGGCGCAGGCUCUGGCGCAGUUCGGCAACGACACCCGCAAGGCGCUGCCGCUGUUCGACGAGGUCCGGCGGCCAUACUAUGCGCAAAUGUACGCGCACCUGGCGGCGCCGUCGCGGAAGGCCGGGAGUGGGGUUUCGUCCUUUGAUGAGAAGGUGAGGCGGAAGAUCAUCACGGAUGGGGGCGGUGGGAUGGCGUGGAUCUACGAGAAUGAUAUCGGGGCGGUUUGGGAUGAGGUGGUGGAUGGGCUGGGGGAUGGUGGCAGCUAA